CAGUAUCGAUACGUAUUGUUAUGGAUUGCAACAGUGCUGCAAUAUAACAAUCAUUAAUCUUAACGCUAUCGAUAUCGAUAUACAAUCAACAAACCAUCUUGCACGUGCAUAUUCAAAGAGUUCUAAACUAGAAUUGUUUAUGCGAAAUUACCAAAGCGAUUGGCGACAACAUGAACUAUUUUGAGAUACAGGAGCUGCCAGGCAAGGGGCGUGCCAUGAUAGCAACAAAAAAUUUUGUUGUCGAUGAGGUCAUCUUCGAGGAGGAGCCAUUCGUGUCGCAUCAAUUCUCUUGGAAUGUUGCCUAUGGCUAUGCAGCCUGUGACCAUUGUAUGCGACCCCUGGAGACAUUGCUGGAAAACGUGCGACGCUUGGCCAACAACCAAGCACUCACUGUGCCCCUGGUUGAGCACGAUCCUACCGCUGCCUGGUUUUCGCAAUUCACUCAGUGUGCACGCUGCAAGGUGCGCUAUUGCUCGGAGGACUGUUUGGUGGAAGCACAGAAGCGCUAUCAUCGGGUAUCUUGCAUGGGCGCCUUUCGGUCCGACGAUACACAUCCCAUCAAUGUGCUAAACGAAACCUGGAAAAAGAUGCACUAUCCGCCAGAGACGGGCACAAUCAUGCUGAUUGUACGCUUGAUGGCUAUGUACCAACAGAGCAGCAAUAAGACCGAAUUUUUGGAUCAACUUCAAUCGUUUCAAGCACUUAUUGUCAAUCGAGAACAGAAGAUCUACCACAAGAUGCUGGGCGAGAACUUUGAGCAGCAAAUGGAGCAACUGUAUGUAGCCUUUUGCAAUGCUUUCAAGAGCGAGGAGUUUGCGAUGUUUACUACGCCGGAUGCUUUCAAAACCCUGAUGGGCAUAUUGGGCACCAAUAGCCAAGGCAUUGCCACUAGCGUUCUGGCCCAGUGGGUCAACAAAGUAUCCGACUUACCGCUGCCUGAUGGGGAUAAGGAAAGCCUGGACAAAGUGAUUGACCAGCUCUACGAGAAAGUGGGUGAUUUUGCUGGCGAAUUCCUGAACAAUGAGGGUUCCGGCUUGUACAUAUUACAAAGCAAGAUCAAUCACAGUUGUGUGCCCAACGCCCAGUCCACGUUUCCCUACUCCAACGACAUUGUCGUAUUGAAAGCUGUGGCGCCAAUACAAAAGGGCGAUGAGAUAUGUAUUUCGUAUUUGGAUGAGUGCCAGCUGGAACGCAGUCGCCAUUCCAGGCAUAAAACGUUACGCGCAAAUUAUAUAUUCGUAUGUCAGUGUCCCAAGUGCAGAGCACAAGCUUCUGAUCCUGAUGUGACAAGUGACGAGGACGAUGACGACGAUGAGGAUAUGGACGAUUGCGAUGACGAUGAUAUGCAAUGAGUUUAAUUACUAAUUUCUUUAAUUAAAUUGUAAAUUGUAUACCCCGCUUAUGGGUAGAAAUGUAUAAAAAUAAACCUAUCGAACUACUGUUAUUACGAAUA